AUGAUCAAUGAAAGUAAUACAAUUACUGCAAGCAAAAAUCUUGCAAUUAUUUCUAAACAUAUUUCAAAAAAUGUACCAGUUUAUCAUUAUUUAGAUAUGAUUAAGCUUACAGAAGAAACAGCUAAUGCUAUUGUUAAAGAAUUAAAUAUUUUUAUAUAUGCGAAAAAUUUACCAAUUAAUCGUUUAAUGAAUAUGAAAAGUGAUAGAGAAUCCAUAAUGUUAGGAUGUAAUAAUGGUGUAGCUGCACAACUAAAGCAACAAAAUCUUUAUCUUAUUGAGAUUCACUGUAUUUCUCAUCGUUUAGCAUUAGCGAAUGAAGAUACUGCAGCUAGUAUUUCAUAUUUGAGUAAUUAUAAUAACAUAGUUAGAAAUCUUUAUAGUUAUUUUAGCAAAUCUUAUAUAAGAAUAGCACAUUUAAAAAUGGUAGAAAAGAAUUUAGAAAAACCUGAACUUCAUUUAUUAAAAAUUAUAACUACAAGAUGGCUUUUAUUAUCUAAUGUUGUUUCUAAUCUUCAUCGUAUAAUUAAUUCUGUUAUUUAA